AUGGAGAGCCCUUUAGCGCUUCAGUGCAGGGCACUCAGCCCCUGGUGGGGGCUCCUGAUCACAGCCUCCAUCCUCAGCUGCUGGAUCCAGCCGACGUCUGCUCAGGUCACUGUUGUUCCAAACCCUCCCUAUGGGGAAGUGAACCACAGCGUCACCUUGGACAUCCAGGGCUUCUCAGGCCAGGCUGUCUUCUAUACUUGGUACAGAAAAGCAGCAACAGAUCCCAACAAGAUCGCUGGCUACGCGGUUACAACUGGAGAGCAGAACCCUGCAGACAUCCGGGAGAAGGUGCUCUCCAACGGCUCCCUGUUCAUCCCUCAUCUCACCCUCAGUGACUCUGAUGACUACAUUGUAGCCAUUAUUAUUUCUCAAGGCAGCAUAAUAGGUGCACAAGGACAUUUAACAGUGUAUGCAGAACAGUCUUUGGGAAGAAGACCCACAGUCUCUAGAGGGUCCAUUACUAUCACUGUGAUUGGAGUCUUAGCUGGAAUAAUUCUCAUUGGGACCCUCAUCUAUAUCCAGUUCUUCAGAAGAAGGGCCAGCAAUCACCAGCUUUCAGAGAAGAACCAUUCAGAACACAGACAUAGUGAAGACCCCACCCUGUAUGAAAACACUGUUCACCUACCAGGCUCAGCUCUGCCUGCCCAGGGCCUGGGCUCCUCUCCUGCUUUUUCUGAAGUCCCACCUGAGAGUUUCUAUGAGACAUUGGAUAUCACUAGAAUGGAUGUUUAUGACAAGCUCAAUCUCUGGAAGCAACCUGAAGCAUAAGAAUAAGGAGAAAAUUCCUAGGGAUGUUGUGGCAACUCUUCCGUCUCCCUUCAUUAAGGAGGAUGCAGAGGCAUCUCUCAGGGAAGAAAGCUGAGACAUUGAGGUCAAUGGGAAAAACCACAUGAGAGAAAAAGAAAGAGGCUGGAUUUGGGGAAAGGGGAGGCUUCCAGGGACCCAGGGGUCCUCAGAUGUUCCAGAAAGGAUCAAGAAGAAUGAACCCAACUGGAGCUAUGUGCCUGAAUUGUCAAAAUGCAAGGCAGUCUGUGGAAUGAGUUUGAGGAUAUGCUCCAUUGCUCUCCAAAUGUUUUAAUAUUUUGAACAUCAUCAUAUUUUCCUGUCUUCUUUAUCCCCUUUGUUCACAUAAAAAUCCUUUUGCAACCUUCCAUGUGUAUUCCUACUGAAUUUAGGAGUAAAUGAUCCAUUAUAUCUGCAUGGUCCUAAGAUGUGAUUCUAUGUGUUUGUGGUGUGUGUGUGUGUGUGUGUUUCUAUACAAAAAUAGGAGAUUUAGAGAAUUUUGCCAACAUUGUUUUUCUAGAAGUUUGAAUGAGCUUUAGAUAUUUACUAUCUAUGUGGAUCUGAGAAUGUAAUCAUUUUUGUAAUAUUUAGUGAUCUAUUUUAUACCAGAAUACAUUUAUAAUUUAAGAGAAGAUAAAAGGGGGGAAAGAUAUAUUGAAUAAAUUAUUUAAAAUAUCAUAAAUUUUGUUAUUGUGAUAAGUUCAUUUAAUUGUGUACAUGUAAUUUUUUGACAUUAAUUGACUUAGAAAAUUGGAAUCUUUUCCCCAUUGUAAAACUUUUUGAUGAAAGGGGGUGAUAAUAAAAAUUGUAUGCUAA